AUGACCGGCAAUAAACGACCACGCUUAGAGGAUCGCCGUGCAUCGCUGGAGCACCAGAGUGAUCCGGCCGCAAAACCACGGCUGACUCGAGCCUGCGCCGAAUGCAAGAGGCAAAAGAUAAAAUGUGAAGUUCAACCAGGGCAAACCUCUUGCAACAAAUGUCUCAGAAGUGGCAUCGAAUGUGUCGCUUACAAUUUUGCGCAGAAGUUCGUGGACGAAGAUGCGAGCUGGAAAGCACAAGCGACGUCGACCAUCGAGCAGUUGAGAUCGGCAGUGCAACGCUUGCUGCAGCACAACAAUUUGCCGGAGCUUUCACGAUUUGGCCCUGUGCUGUCACCUAUUCGGCCGAUAUCGACGACGUCAAAUGGCUCGAACAAAGUCUCGCCAGGUAAUUUUCUUUCCGAAGGCCCGUCCGUGGCCAUCAGCGAGGACGAUUCAGAGUUGAUCCCACUGCCGAUGAAUAAUCUCUAUACUUUGACGGAACCUCGGAAUUCUCGCCUGAUUCGCGUCGAUCCGGCCGAUGCCAAUGGUCCAGACUUCAUCAGUAGAGGGGUGGUGUCGACGGCGGAAGCCGAAUACCUGUUUAGUCACUAUCGAGAUCAUAUCAAUCCUCUUCUUUGGGACGGUGUGCUAUGCCCCCACCGAUCUUUGCAUGACGCAAGGCGAGCUUCCACUCUGCUGGUCGCUACAGUGCUCACAGUUGCGGCUCUGCAGACCUCUGGAAGGGAGAAAAUAUUGCAUGCCGUUCACGACGCCUUCGUUUCGCUGAUGAGGGGUUCGUGUCUUCUGCGCAGUCAAAGCCUGGACGACAUUCGGGGCUUGUGCAUCGGCGCAUUCUACCUGACAAGCCUCAGUUGGGCAUUAUGUAGUCGAGCUGUACGCGUCGCAACGGAGAUGAACCUUCACAAAUCAUCACUACAACUUCGUGGAGGAUCGCCCGAAGCAUACGAGCGUGUGCGCUUGUGGUACGUGCUCUACGUCUGCGAUCAUCAGUUCGCGUUGGCAUAUGGUCGACCACCCAUGAUGCACGAUGAUGCCGCCAUCAGGAAUGUCGAUAAAUUCCUAUCGAACGACUUAUCAACAAACGGCGACCGAAAAUUGAUCGCGCAAGUCAACCUCUUCCGUAUCUUGGCCGAUGCGUAUUUCAUGUACGGAUGUGACGCGGAUCUGGAGCUCGAAGAAAAGGACUUUCAAAGACUUCGCUCGUUCAACGUCUCCAUUGAUCAGUGGCGUCUAGCAUAUCAAUUGAGAUCCUCGGACACGCCUCUCUAUCGCACCUAUCCAUCCAAGGAAAUCGUGCUGUACUAUCACUUCGCCCGGUUCCAACUCAAUUCAAUGUCGCUUCGAGGCAUCUCUGCACACAACGCCCCGGAGAAAGUGUCGUACGCUGAUUUGAGUUUCGAUCGUCGCGAAGCCGCUAAUAUUGCCAUUGAGGCCGCCAGAGGCACCUUGAAGUUGAUCGUUGAAGAGCCAGACCUCUGCAUGGCUCUGGUUGGAAUGCCGAUAUUCGCCCAUGCCAUGAUCGCUGUAUGUGCAUCAUUCUUGCUCAAGCUGGCAGUGGUUUUCGGCACGCCAGCAACGCGUCUGACACCGCUCGAUCACAAGAUUGUCGUCUCCCGAGACCUGACCAGGUUGGGGCUUACUUUUCAUGCCGAGGACGCUCUCUCGCUGGUUCAGGAUCUUACCCGGGUCCUUAGCGCCAUGGCAGACAAAGCGAGUCAUCGACACGUUGCAAGACACGUCGUCACUGGCUUGAAAGAAGUCCUGCAGAGAUUUACGCGAGUGGAUGGCGGUCCUAACUUUGUAUAUUCACGAUCGGGCAACAAUCAACCUAUAUCCACGACAUACCAUCCUUACCCAACGCUGUCGUACAGCAACUCUACUAAUCCCGCAACACGACGAAAUUCGUCUAGCAAUCUUGACUUGGAAACUGGCGCUACCAGCAGCCAAGUUGAGAGGAGCACCAAUUUCGACCCUGUUAGUCACAACCUCAACCAGGAUCCCUUCGACCUCAUGGGUGACCUUGACUGGCGCUUCAACGACAGCGUUCUCUGGGGAUUAAAUAAUGAUGAACCAUAUGCAUUUUAA